CCCACGACCAUCAAGCAUUCGGGACCAUUCCUCACGCGACGAAUGACUUUGGACGCGUCUCCUCCGAUUCUAACUGGGCUCACCUCUCCAUUGGACAAGUCUCUCUUCCGCAAAUCGAUACCGCUCCUCGGAGUUCGAUUUCCUGCUUUGAAAAUUGGUACGGCGCGCAAAGAUGAAGCUUUGAAACGAUUCAUCCUCGAUGUCCCGAGACUACGAUCUAUCGUAACAGAUCCUUCAAAUCCGACUGGGGACAAGCUGGUCCUGCUGAAAGCGUCUUCGGAAGCCGAACUGCCUGCUCGAACCGUGGAAUUCUUGAAGGCCGAAUCCGACGGAACGGUUCCGUAUACUUUGGAAUUGGAAUAUGAUCAUUGGACCGCAGACCAGUUGAUACAGGCUAUCGUUCCCGAUGAGCUUCGCGAGCGAUCCCCGGCUGGGUUCGCGAUGACGGGGCAUAUUGCGCAUCUGAACUUGAAGGAAGAGUACUUGCCUUACAAGUAUCUCAUUGGACAGAUCAUUCUUGACAAAAAUGUCGCUGUCCGCACUGUCGUCAAUAAGCUGGAUCAAAUCGAUACGCAGUUCCGCUUCUUCAAGAUGGAGCUCUUGGCUGGUGAGCCGGAAUAUGUGGUUCAGCACCAAGAAGCGGAUUGUCGUUUCACCUUCGAUUUCACUCAAGUGUAUUGGAACUCCCGACUUCACACCGAACACGAAAGGCUUGUUUCGCUGUUUAGUCCCGAAGAUGUCGUCGCGGACGGAUUUGCUGGUGUGGGACCAUUCGCCAUUCCAGCAGCCAAGAAGGGCUGCGCAGUCUUAGCCAACGAUCUCAAUCCACAAAGCGCCAAGUAUCUGCAAGUCAAUGUGGAUGACAACAACGUUGCUGACGUGGUCCGUGUGACCUGCGAAGACGGCCGUGCGUUCAUCCAGCAAGCUGUCAAUCGACUUGCGUCCGACCCCCUGCCGCCAUAUUCUGGGCCAAAGAAGAGCAAGACUCAACAAAACCACGACCGCAGGAAACAGCGCGGUAAUGCGCCCGUUGCGACUGCAACUGCGACACAUCCCCCACGGGACAGGAUCUCUCACUUUGUGAUGAACCUGCCCGACUCCGCUAUCACUUUCCUGGAUGCCUUCCGAGGAAUCUUGUCGAAAUUAAGCAAGGAAGAUGCCGCACGAAUUUACCCGACCAUGCCUAUGGUGCACUGCCACUGCUUUACCCGGGAGAUAGAGCACGAUAAGGCGGAGAAAGACAUCGUUUCGCGUGCUGAGGAAAUGUUGGCACAUCCUCUGGAGGACUAUUCUCUUCAUCUCACGCAAAUCAUGUCCUCGAUUGGGCGCCUCUUCUUCCCCACUAUUCACUGUGACUCGGAGAAGGGCACGUUGGCCUCCGCCAUUCGCUCCGCGGUUGCUGUGCCGGACUCCGAGCUGAAGAAAUGGCGGCGCAUCUUCGACACGAACGCUAAGGUUGUGAAUGGAGAAAAGUAUCUCGACCCAGAGACAUUCGUUAAUGCUAUCGCACCGUCGGGAGACCUCACCAAGUUUGGGCGUGCUCAAUUUGGCAUUCUUUUCCGCGUCGCCGACACGUCUCGACGCGGCCUGGUGUCCUGGCAGGAUUUUGUGGUUUUCGAGACACUGUUGAAGCGGCCCGAUGCCGAUUAUUGGAUGGCGUUCCAGUACUUCGACGCGGACAAGUCUGGCAACAUCGACUACGACGAGUUCAAAACAGUGUUCAGUAGCAACAUCGGACCGGAUGCCAUACCCUUUGACUUCGAUUGUGAUUGGGUCAAAUUAUACCUGGGAAAGAAGAACGGGUCUCAUGUGCUCGGCUACAAUGAAUUUACCCAGCUUAUGAAGGGUUUGCAGGGCGAACGCCUUCGUCAAGCUUUUAGAUACCUAGACAAGGACCAAGACGGCUUCAUCUUACCGGAGCAGUUCAAGCGAAUCAUCCUAGAGCGUUUAGACAUGGAUAUGGUCGAGAGAAUCAUUCGUGAGGCCACCGACAAGGCAAAAGACGGACGCAUCGACCAAUCGGACUUCAUCAACCAUGCUGCUUCCAGCUCUCGGUACUCGCUUUUCACGCCCAUGGAGGCCUCGAUCAUCUUCCACUUUGCUGGUCGAGGCAUCGGUACCCAGCGUCUUGCUCUGGUCGAUUUUGCACAGUUGCUUGACCCGCGUUGGAGGGCUCCUCAUGAGGAAGCAGAAGUCAGUGUGAAACCCGCUUCGGUUUUGCAUCAAGUGUUCCAUUCCGCGUACAACUUUGGUUUGGGGGGUAUUGCGGGUGGUAUCGGUGCUACCAUCGUCUAUCCUAUAGAUAUGGUCAAGACGCGAAUGCAGAAUCAGCGAAGCACGGUUGUGGGUCAAAUGCUGUACAAGAACAGCCUGGACUGCGCCAAGAAGAUCCUCCGGAACGAAGGGUUUCUUGGAUUCUAUCGUGGCUUGGGGCCGCAGCUCGUUGGAGUCGCGCCUGAAAAGGCCAUCAAGUUGACGGUGAAUGAUCUCAUCCGUGGCAGGGCGACGGAUCCGGAAACUGGCCGAAUCAAGCUUGGCUGGGAAUUGGUGGCAGGCGGCACUGCCGGAGGGUGUCAAGUUGUGUUCACCAAUCCAUUGGAGAUUGUGAAAAUCCGGCUCCAAGUGCAAGGCGAGGCGGCCAAGGCUGAAGGGUUUGCGCCCAAAGGCGCCAUCCACAUCAUCCGACAAUUGGGUGUGCUUGGGCUAUACCGAGGAGCCAGUGCAUGCCUUCUGCGGGACAUUCCGUUUUCUGCCAUCUACUUUCCGACUUACGGCCAUCUGAAGUCGGAUUUGUUCCACGAAGGAUACAAUGGCAAACAGCUGUCGUUUUUGGAAUUUUUGGCGUCUGCAGGAAUAGCUGGAAUGCCUGCUGCUUACUUGACAACGCCCGCAGAUGUAGUCAAGACACGUCUGCAAGUUGAAGCUCGCAAGGGGGAGACCCAUUACAAGGGACUGACCGAUGCUUUCGUCAAGAUCUAUCGAGAGGAGGGCUUCCGCGCUCUGUUCAAAGGAGGUCCCGCUCGAAUCAUCCGAAGCAGUCCUCAGUUUGCAUUCACCCUGAUGUCGUAUGAGAUGUUCAAGAAAAUGCUGCCUUACCCCUUCGAUAAUUCCCCACGCCAAGCCCAACCAGCUCUCAGACUGAGGGCUGAGGAAAUGAGCCAGGUUCGCGCCCGGAAUGCCCUCAAAAUUCUGUUGGAUAUGCACGGGGACUUUGGAGGCCGAAAAGGCUCACGAGCAUAG